AUGGAUGAGACUACAAUAAUGAAGAUUCCUGGGAAUGAGAUUAGCAAACUAGACAAGUUUGAAGGAUCAUUAUUCAAGCGUUGGAAAGGGAAGAUGUUUUUCUUCCUUACUGAUUUGAAGAUUGUUCAUGUUCUGAAUGAAGAGAAGCCAAAAGCACUUGCAAAACACCACUGGAGAACCUCAAGUGGAGAAACACCGAUACAAAUCCAGCAGUGCCAGAAGUGGGAACAAGAUGACUUCAUGUGCAAAGGUUACAUUCUCAAUGGGUUAUCAAACACACUUUAUGAUGUGUAUGAGCUCAAAUUUGUAGACAGCACGUUGGGAGAACUAUGGGAGGAUCUCGAUAAAAAGUACAAAAUUGAAGAUGCUGGCAACGAGAAGUUUCUUGUGAGUAAGUUAUUAGAUUACAGAAUGGUAGGUGAUAAAUCUAUUAUUUCACAAACUUAUGAGUUGCAAGAUCUCAUGAAUCAAAUAAUCUCUGAGGGCCAUACCCUUGACGAAUCUUUUCAAGUAUCUACAAUUAUAUCUGAAUUACCUCUUAUUUGCAAAGAUUGUCGGAAAGAUUUGAAACAAAAGAAAGAUGCAAUGACUAUGUAA